AUGGCGACGGUAUCAGCAGCGGGCUCGUACGAGCAGUACAAGCUUGAUACCAAGCGCUUCAUCUUCUGGCUCAUUGACACUGCGAAGAAGCGGGACUACGACAUCGCUGAUCCAGCCGAAACCCAGCAACCCUCGAGACGGCUGAAAGGCCAAGCGAGGAAGCAAGCAAAGCAAGUGACCAACCAAGCGACCGCGUCGAAGACCAAUUACGUUAUCUCGACGGAAAAGAUCCUCGACUUGGCGAAACAUAUCGCAGACCAUGAGGAGACCUCGACAAUGCCCAAGUUUGUUUGGUACUCCUACAAGCGGGCUGUGAGAACGCGCCAGGCCUACGCCGACCGCUAUGCCCAGGAAGAACUGUCGGAGACGGCUUCGGACGAUGGCCACAUCUACUUCCUGUGGCUGUUGAAACACUGCCACACGAUCCUAAAGAAGAAGAUCGCAGUGCAGGCGGUCAGCCGACCGGAGACUGCAGCACCUGCGCAACUUCGAUUCAACAUCGCGACUGAACCGACAUCAGCGCCAUCUCUCCUUCCGGUACCUGGAUCCGCACCGCAGGCUGUUGAUAAUAGUCAGAAAACCACACCGGAAGAAAUCACCGCCGCUGAGGCCGAACGAGAAGCAAAAGGUCACAAGCUGGAUGAGCUGGCUCGGAAAUUUGAGCUCGACAUGAAGGUGAAACAAGACGCGGAGGCUGAACUCGAAACGGAGAGGAAAGCUAAAGAAGAGAUCGCUUUGAGGAAGUCUUGUCUGGCGGACGAUAUGCGCAUCAUCGUCGAGCAGCUGGAGUCCGACUGGAACGACACUCACAAGACUGAUGACGACGAGAAUUACUUGGAUGAGACCCGAGCUACUCUCAUGACGGAAGCUGCGUUCCACCUCAUACGCCACACAGAAGAGGCCCUGGUGAAAGAAGCUCAUGAGAAAGGUCUGCCGCCAUUUGAUCCCUCUCUCGAUGACGAUGACUUCUUCGGCAAGACGUCGAAAGCGCUCAGAAAGAUCGAGGCGGAGCGACGUUCACAACCAGGAGAGUAUUUGUUCUUCGCUUCACGGUCGAUCAUUCAAGAUGAUGUUGCGAACCGACACACGAACGAGGACUACGACUUCCUAGUACACUACUUGUUUGAAGCCGCACUGGAACCACAAGCCAGAAGGUCACAUGAGGAACAGUACCAGAUGCCACUACUAGCAGGAUCAUUAGACGCUCUGUCUCGCGCGUACGGUUCGCUGGGUUCUUUCGGCUUCAUCUCAAUGGUUUUCAUAUUUGCCGCCGAGUUGAUGAUCAGAAUUCGAACGAAAGACCAAAACCGUUCGCUGAGGGAUUACAUACCAAUGUCACGACGGGCGAGGGAUGAAGAAGCCCAGUUCGCAUCUUGGCAUGAACGGGGAAUCCGCUUCCCACAUCUACUUCAGCAAGUCACAGACUCAGGGUAUACACACCGAGGUCUGAUCUUAGACCGGCCAUUUUCCCAUGCCCGGUACGCUAAGAUGCGGAUGUUGCCGCGUGACCAUCUAUUCUACGGUUUGCAGGACGACUACCCGUGGCCGGUGGGUCUCGAAGUGAGCAACGUCAUCGAAAAACAUGGCGACGGGUCUGCGCGCCAAGUGGCCGCCGCUCGGUACAUUCUUCCACCACGGGACGGCGACUUCUUGCGUAACACCAUUCCGACUCUGAGAGCGAAGCUUUCCCUGGUUCACAUUUUGCUGCGCGAGGAAAUGGGCCUCGGCUUUGCGAAUCUCAGCCCGCAAAUCUUCGCAAUAGCCCAUUUGUACAACUGCUUCCAAAAGCGGGGCUGGAUCAACGGGGUCUGGCCGGAGAUUGAGCUCAUCAUGGACCGGCAUUCGAAGAAGAUCUUCUCCACCGCAAUACCCACGAAACCAGAUGAAUUCUACUCGCGCCUACUGCUUGUAGCCGGGUACUCAACCACGUUCAUCAAGAAAACUCGGAAUGCGGACAAGGACGUUUACAGUCGCCGCGAUUUUGGGAAAGCCACCCAUAAGACGUGCGAGUUAGAACCACUUCCGAUGACGAAGAUUCUCCGCGACUAUGUCCACCAGAGGGAAACGGGCGUGCGCACCUGGUAUCGCAUGGACGAGGAGAUGGCCAAGCACAGUAAAGUUUCUUCGCGGACGCAGGGUUCGGGCGACCUGAACAUCUCGUCGUUCAUCAAGGAGCUUCGCAAUUCAGAAGAGCUUCCUCGCAUUCUCGACCGUCUGGAGUUCGACUACAUCAGUCUGACGCUACUAUGCAACGAGCUUUGCGAAAAGAUCGACGCCGAACAAGCAAGAUUUAGCGCCAGCGGAGAGAAAGUUCACAAACAGGCGGACUGGAAGUCGCCUACCAGCGACGGGUUCAUGGUUGUGGCAACGCUCCUCGGAGAUCUCGACCGCGUUGUGAUGAAGAAGAAGCGCAAUCCCAAGGGAAACAUGGACAUGGCAGAUACGACUAACGUUGUUGACGCAGCUGUUCGAGUGAUGCAAGGCUUUCUGGAUGGGCUGAAGAAGUAG